UAAAAAUGGGAGGGAAGAAGAAACACAGACGUCCAUAUAAAGAGACAGUAAAUGAGAGGAAGGGAGAAGUGGGUGUCUGUACACUUUGCGGGGAGAGUUAAGAAUUCAGAAGACACUGGAGAAACACCACAACUAUUUGAAAAGAGGACAGAGGAGUGGAGGAAAGAGAAAAGAUGUUUGGCUGCCAGGGAAGCGGGUUGAGGGUACGGUCCUGGUUUACUCUGAUAUCAGGGUUAGUUGAGUGUUUGGGGUUCGCAGGGGCUGUUUUUGGCUGGGCAUCGCUGGUUUUUGUGCUCAAGACUGAAGGCUACUUCAGAAGUCUGUGUGUAAACAUCACAAUAAAUGGAACAGCUGUUGAUGAUUGCAGUAGACAGGAUGAGCAACUCUCACUCAUCUUCACCAUCGCAUCCUUCAUGAACAACUUCCUCACGCUUCCAAAUGGCUUCCUCUUUGACCACUUUGGUACCACAGUUGCCAGGCUACUGGGAAUAUCGGUUUACACUGCAGGAAUGUUGUUAAUAGCCUUUUCCAGUCCUGUGAACUCCAUCCUCCUCUUCCCUGCUUUGUCCUUCAUUGCUGUGGGAGGAAUUCUGUUCUUGGUGACCAACAUACAGGUAGGAAAUCUCUUUGGCAUGCACCGCUCCACUAUAAUUACCCUCUAUAAUGGGGCCUUUGACUCUUCCUCUGCAGUUUUCCUCAUCAUCAAGUUGCUGUAUGAGGAUGGAGUCUCUCUGAAAGGAUCUUUCCUCUUCUUGGCUUGCUGCAGUGUCAUUCAUCUGGUCCGGACAUUUGUGCUGAUGCCUCGAACACAUAUCCCAUACCCGCUUCCAGAGAACUACACCUAUGGGGUGAACUGUGGAGUGACUCGGGAUUAUGCAGUUGCAAAGAUUGAAGAGAAAAACAUCCAAACUUCACAGGCUGAAGAGGAAAUGCCAUUUGAAGGGACUUCUCCCCAAGGCCAAAACACAGACAAAAUGGAGCGUAGUUUCAAGAGCUGUUUGCUUUCCUGGUUCUUCUUGUGGCAUCUGCUGUGGCUUUCAGUGAUGCAGUUGAGACACUACUUGUUCAUCGGGACCUUAAACCCAAUGCUGAAUCAUCUGGCCGCUGGAGACCCAGGCCUUGUCAGUAGCUAUACAAAUGCUUUUGCAUUCACUCAGCUGUGUGGGAUCCUGUGUGCCCCCUGGAAUGGCCUCAUUAUGGACCGUCACAAAGGAAAGCAGCGAGAACCAGGACAAAGUGAACAAGAAGCAGACUUGAAGGCAACCAUAUUGUCUCUGUCGUUGACGGCGCUGCAGUGUGUGCUGUUUUCAGUAUGUGCUGCCACCCCCAUCCUUCCUUUGCAGUACCUCACCUUCAUCCUCCAAGUCCUCAACAGAUCCUUCCUCUAUGGAGGAAAUGCUGCUUUCAUCAGUGUGGCGUUUCCAUCCGUACACUUUGGAAAGCUAUUUGGAAUGGUGAUGGCUCUUUCAGCCAUCGUCUCACUGCUCCAGUAUCCCUGCUUCACCCUUAUUAAAGGACCACUGGGUGGAGACCCCCUUUAUGUGAACAUCGGUCUGACCGUUCUGAGUCUCCUAGCCUUCAUCAACCCUCUUUAUGUUUAUCUGCACUGUCGACGUCAAGCAGCCCAACGAGCCAGUUCCAACAAAAGUGCCUCUUCAUAAGGGGAAUAUCAACCUGACCUAUGACUUUUAAAACUGGUUUCUAUUUCUUAUUAGGGUUUCUUUACAAAACUACACAAAAAAUGUACGGGGUAAAGAAAUAUUUUACUAACCUUUCAGUGCCCUGUUUUGCAGAGGUUGACUCUUGACCGUAUGAUGGUAUGCAAUGUAUAAUUUUUGCUGAUUAUAGCAGGAAAUUGACCGCUUCCCCAAGCUCUUUACUAUUUUUCUUUCUCUUUUGCACAUUAGUUGUUGGAUCUUGAUGUAAGAACAUUACACUAAGAUGUAAGAACAUUACACUCUAGAUGUAAGUACAUUACACUAAGAAAAUAUCUUCCUGAACAUCAUCCUGAACAGUAUUUUACAAACUUAAUAUACAACUGUUGAAUAGAAAACUGUUUUUGUUGCAGAAAAGAAAGAAAGAAAGAAAGAAAGAAAGAAAGAAAGAGAUCAGAAUAAGAAAGCUACUCUACUAAAAAAGUAAUAGAUUUAAAAUGCAUUUAUUUCAUACUAAGUAUAGCUUAAGUCUAUUAACAUAUUUACUGACAUAUUGCUCAAGACUCACUGACAUAAAAAAAUAUAUUUUUUAUUGUAAUUGCACAAUGCACAUUUCUUAAUAUUAAGCCUAAAUAUGAUGAGGAUUGUAUGAUUUUAAAUAAUAUCUUUAAAUGCAAAAUAUUUAAAGUGUAGCUAAAGUGUACUUGCAAUAGUUCCACUUUAGCACAAAUAUGUUUUAUGUAUACCUUUAGUUGGACUUCAGAACUACUUCCACACAAUUAAAGUGCAUGAAGUACAAAAUUAGUUGUUCCAAUUUAGCAGACUUUAAAUAUAACAGUUUAGUAUACUAAAAGUACAGUUGCAGAGUAUUUUUAUUAAGUACAUAAUAUGUAAAUGUAUUUGUAGUACACUUAGCUUGAAAUAAAUGUAUUUUAAAUAUAUUUUAGUAUUUUAUUUUUCACUAGGGUAGAGAUAAAAAAAAAUAAAAAUAUGUGAUAUGACAUGCAUUUGUUGACCAAGCAAGGGGAGACAUGUCUGCAAAUGUAUCUAUCUUCUAGUAAAUACCAAUUGUAUCUUUAGCUUACUAUAACACCAACUAAACAGUUAAUCCAUACGUGUGCAUUUAGAUUUCCUUUCCCAGCAAAUGUUUACAUACUCGUUUGUUGUAGGAGCCCUCUGCUGGACACUGUCUUAAACAUCCUCAUCGGUACUUCCUACCGAGAUAGCUGUUAGUCGGUCUGCUGUCUGUGAGAUCUUUUUUUUUGUUUUGUUUUUUUUCACAAAUACAUUAGUAUUACUCUAAAUAAAGGGAAUUUUUAUAAGAAGUUAAAGAAAAUUGACUGAAUUUGUUAGUGUAAGUAAGUUUGUUCAUAAGAAAAUCUAGCCUGAACCUGUAAACGCGAUAGAGCUUUCUGUUUGGACGUGUGCCCAUAUGACUUUGGUUCUGUAUAAAGGGCCCGUUAUAGGAUGCCAAAAAGUGAAGAACAGUACAAAUUAAAUAAGCCAGCCAGUCAUGCCAUUAAAAGAUUUGUGAAUCAGAAUUACAUGUGGUUUAAAGCCAUAUAACCACAUUUUUCUACAUUUGUUACAGAUGUAAAGCAUCCACCCAUGUGCACCAGCAGAUGGCGCACAUGAAGGUGUUUUGUAAAAAGCUUUGCGCAUUACACAAAUAAACUCAAAACUCAUUUGGGAUGUGACAUGGUCUGACAUCGCCACUAAAAAUACUAAUGAACAUAAAAGACAGAAAUAGAUAGACGAGGGCGGCGGUGUAAAAUGACUGAUUGUGAAACUUAGUCAGUGAGAUGAAUGUGACAGAGACGGAAAGGCUCUAAAAAUUACUAUAAAUGGAAGUACUGGGAUUUAAGGAAGCACAACAAAAACAUUGGUUAUAAUAAGUGCUUUGAGAUGGUCUUAAGAUUGGAAGAAUAAAGAAAAAAGGGAAACUUUCUUCUACUUAAACAUUAA